AUGGCCGUCGUUCGCGCGGUCCUGGUCCUCUUAGCGUCCACUGCACAAGCGUGGAUGCCUGAUGCAAAUGCCCGAAUCCAUGUCAAAUAUGGCGACGAAACUUCUGAGCAGUUCGCGGGAAACGCGACAGGGCCGAAUCACUUCCGCAUUUUAGAUAAAGAUGACUUUUCAUUAUUAGUCGGAGGGAGGAGUACAGUCUACAAUCUCAGCUUAUAUGAUCUCUCAGAGAAUAUUGACCAGCGGUUGGAAUGGCAGUCGACCGACGCCCACAGAGAACUAUGCCAGUUGAAGGGGAAAUCGGCAGACGAGUGCCAGAAUUAUCUACGUGUCGCCGCCAGGAACCAAGGACGUCUCCUCGUCUGCGGGACCAAUGCUUUUAAACCGAUGUGUCGCCGUUACGCGCGCCAUCCGCCCAACCACCACUUGGAAGAGUUUGAUGGAACCGGCCGCUGUCCGUACAGUCCCCAGCAUAAUUCCACUGCCAUUUUCACAGAUGGUCAGCUAUAUACAGCAACGGCUGCAGACUUCUCAGGCACUGAUCCUCUAAUAUACAGAGAGCCUGUACGCACUGAACAUUCGGACUUGAGAUUGUUAAACGACCCUUCCUUCGUUGGAGCCGUGGCUUCCACCAGCCACGUCUACUUCUUCUAUCGAGAAACAGCUGUUGAAUAUAUGAAUUGUGGGAAGGCUGUAUAUUCAAGAGUAGCGAGAGUGUGUUUAAACGAUAAAGGUGGACCACACACGUUCAGCGAUAGAUGGACAUCAUUUCUUAAAACCCGUUUGAACUGCUCCAUUCCCGGAGAAUAUCCCUUCUACUUUGAUGAAAUACAGGCAACCACAGAGAUCAUUAACGGAAUUUACGGCAACGGCGGCAACAGAAACGACAUCGUGUACGCCGUUUUCACAACGCCCCAAAACGCGAUAGGAGGGUCGGCGGUGUGCGCAUUCGCUAUGAGGGACAUUCUGGACGCCUUCGAAGGGUCAUUCAAAGGUCAAGAGAGUAUGAACUCGAACUGGCUGCAGUUGGAAAAGGAGAAAGUGCCGCAACCACAACCCGGGUCUUGCGUCGAGGACAGUCGAACGCUAUCUGACUCCGCUGUGAACUUUAUCAAAACCCAUCCUCUAAUGGACAGAGCUGUACCCUCGUUUCUGGCUAGACCGAUCCUCAUACGCGUGAGCCUUCAGUACAGAUUCUCCGCUAUAGCAAUACACCCACAAGUCCAAUCGAUGAACGGAAAUAAGUACGACGUUAUGUAUGUCGGUACAGACGACGGUAGAGUUAUAAAAGCGGUCAAUGUGGCGUCUAAUGAAGGGGUGUUCGAUGCUAGUGUGGAUGAGUAUAGCAGGAACCCAGUGAGGACCGCUGUCAUUUCUGAAGUGCAAGUGUUACCCCCCGGCGUCCCUAUUAGGCAAAUGCACGUCGCUCUGACUACGGAGAAACUAAUUGUUGCGUCCGGUGACAUUAUUAGAGCAGUUACACUAUCGCAUUGUGCAAAUGUACUAUCGUGCAGAGAAUGCGUGGCGUUACAAGAUCCCCAUUGUGCAUGGGACUCCAAGCAGCAACAGUGCUCAUGGGUCGGUAACAGACAGUUUCCAAACCCAGAAAGAUUCCUACAGAAUGUAGAGUACGGAAAGACUGAUAUAUGUAAUAAGCUGCCUGCCCUUUUGCCGAGUGAAAGGCACAGCAACAGAAAUCCCGCCACGAAAAAGCCGACCCAAUCCGAAUCUAACAUGCGACAUAAACCAGAUGACAUCCAGAACGAAAUAUUAAUAGAGGUCGUGGAAACGAACGUUCUGUCAGAGGAGAAAAAUGUUAACGACAAUAAACACGAAACAGAUUUGCUAACUGUGGAAGCCGCCGAGGGUAACAUUUACAGCGCACAGGCUCUGCUAACAGCGGUCGUAGCGUCUUGCUUAGUAACGCUUAUGGUCGGUUUUGUCAUCGGAUAUCUGUUUUCUCGGCGAUUUCGUCACCCCUUCUUCACAGACACCUCGCCUUUCAACGAACAGCACAACCACUUGAACCGAUUGAAUCCGCUAGAGACGCCGCUAAAUGUGAACUCAGGUUACAUGCCGCCGAGAUCAAAAAACGUGAAUAUGGUAGCCAACGUCUGCCCACUCGCAAAGCAAGACAACCUACACAUCGAACUUGGAAAAGAGCGAGCCCUAGAUCUCCGAAAUUCCACAGAGUCCCUCGACAAGGAUCUUAAGUGCGGCACUUUGCAAAAAGUUAAAAAGACAUACAUAUGA